AAGGGCCAUAGUCCCUGGACAGGGGUGUCUCAAUUCCUUCAGACAUCUCAGAAAAUCAUCCAGUUUGCCUCAGGCCAGGAGCCUCAACCUGGAGAAACUAUAAUCUAUGUGGCAGGAGCCUUUGAUCUCUUCCACAUUGGCCAUGUGGACUUUCUGGAAGCCGUGCAUAAGCUUGCAGAAAAGCCUUACAUUAUAGUGGGGCUACACUUUGAUCAGGAGGUGAAUCGCUACAAAGGGAAAAACUACCCCAUCAUGAAUGUCCACGAGAGGACUCUCAGCGUCCUGGCUUGUCGAUAUGUGUCAGAAGUGGUGAUCGGUGCACCGUUUGCUGUCACAAAAGAUUUGCUGGAUCAUUUUAAGGUGGAUCUCGUUUGCCACGGAAAGACAGAAAUAUAUCCCGACAAAGAUGGAUCUGACCCUUAUGCUGAUCAUGCUCGCUCCAUCCUGUCUUGCAGCCAGUGUUUAGGGGACGAUCAGGAGCUCCUUCCUUUUACGGCUCAUGCUUUCUGUGCACUUUGGUCCGACCAAGGAGUCCGAGCAGCUGCAGCCCGAGGAUACGAGUUUGAGCUGAACGACUCUGCUCUCUA